AUGGCAGACGCGCCACGUGGUCCUCCGACCAUCAUUGCACGCAAGCAAACAUUUCUCGCCGCCCAAACGAAUCUGCUCUCACAGCCUGUCGCCGUCUCGGCACGAUGGGGACGAACCAACGACGCGUCCAAGCAGCCGAUCAAGGUCCGGGCUCUCGAAGAUGCCAUGUUUCGCCUAAACCACAAGAUCCAACAGCACUGCAUCCGCGUCUACGCGCCGCUGGCUAGCCGAAACAUUGCUGAGCAGAUCAGCAGUGCCUAUAUGCGUGAUGUCGAGAGACGCCGUGACGAGGUGGACAGCGGCAUUGGCAAGGAAAUCGACCUACUUGAUCCGGAAGCUGUCGAAUCACUACCAGAUACUUGGCCUCUCGAAAAGGAUACCGACGCCGACCCAACUAGCUCAGGAGCCUACGUGGCCAUGCUUAGCGAACUAAAGCAGUACAGUGCCCGCCAGAAAGCUCUGACAAAGCGCCUAGAGAACUUGCGUCAGCUGCAAAAGAUUGUCGGACAGCUGGUACCAACACGCGGUGGUGACGGUGACAGUGGUGACGAGGAGCCGUCACUAGACGCGAUACAAGAGAACCUGGCGACGCGAAACGGUCCCGUCGAACAGGAGCUUGAACGACUGAAUGCUCUUUUGCAGAGGGUUUCUCAGGGUGUGGGCAACAUUCGCAAGAAAGACGUACGCCCAGAGCAACAGGCCCCAAAAGAGGAUAGGAAGAGGAAGCUGGACGAGUUUCUCGAUGGCACAGCAUUUGCAUGA